GUGCCAUUCCGGUAAUAAAUCCACCCAUAGAAACGAGAAGACCAUCAGAUCCGACCAGGACGUGGACAGGCGAGGAGAGCCACCUCUCCACCGCUCCUCAAGAGUCCUUGCCACCAUCCCUUCGCAAAUCUCCUCGCCCUCGGUAAGCGUAUUUCCAUCUCCAUUCCCAUCCCUUACCCAUGUUCCAUUUCCAUCAUUAUCGUGAUCAUCAUCUCCAUCUCCUUUUCUGUCCCCCGUUCCAAACCAAAACACCGAUAAAAAAAAAUAUAAUCCCAAACCAAUAAUAAUCGGAACAUAAAACCAAUAAUAAUGCGUCUCCGAGAUCGCCCCACGACAACCCAAUUCCAGUCCCCCUUCUUCUAUAGAAAGCCUUAGGGCUUGGUCUGAAAGAAAUCAAGGGUUUAGGGUUUUACUGUGCGAUCUGAAUAGCUAGUGAUGGCAUCCUCAUCGACGUCGUCGUCGUCCUCCGGGUUCUUCGCAAUCUGCCUGCUCCACUCGGCCGUGGCGGUGACCUGCGGCGCGCUGAUGAUGUUCUACCUGAACGAGAUCUCGGUCUUCGGGCACGGGAGAGAAACGGCGCGGAAGCUCCAGGGGUCGACCGCCCAUGAUCAGCUCCUGAUCCAGACAUCGGACUCUUUCGCCGGGCUUCUACUCAUGGCGAUCGGAUUUCUCCUAUUCAUGGUGGCAUUUGUGAAGGAUCGGGAUUUCCAGGCGUUCUUCGCGAAAGGCUGCAUCCUCCUCCAUGCCUCCAUGGCCCUCUGGCGCGUAUACUUUGAGCGCCGCGUCGACGACCUUGCCCGCGACUGGCCUCGCCAGCUUGUUGGCGAUAUUGUGCUCAGCCUUUCCUGGGUCCUCUUCCUCGUCUACUCCUGGCGGGAAAAGUAUGACUGAUUGCAAAGGGAACAUGAGCCAAAAAGAUAAAAGAAGAAGAAAAAUCCUGAAUUCCAUCAAUGCAAGGUAAUGUUUUCUUCGUGCUUGUAGUUUCUUUGUUUGUAGACUUCUAAGCAUACUGCUCCUGGGAUGAACUUUUAGGUUUUGUUAUACAUUUAUCAUUUAGAGGAAAGCCCAUGAAGCCUGCUAAUAUGGUAUCGAGGGUCAGACAACCUAUAGAGGUAGAAUGAAAUCACACGUUCUGUGCUUAACAACAAUGAAGUGGAAUAUGAUUUUAUCUUGAAUUCACAUAGUGCUUUCACUCUUAUCAACCAGUAUUCCUCUUUUCAGUAGAUUAUUUAUCGUUCAGAGCUGAUGAAAUCUCAGAUUAUGAAACAUUUUUAAACAUAGAUUUAUCUCAUAUGUGGACAGAUGAGGAGCUAAGAUAGGCAGUUUUUGAUUGCCAUAUGGUCAUCAUGCCUGUCCAACUUGGAUAUGUGAUUGGUAAUACCCAGUCAACUAAGUCUGGAAACACAAAAUUAGCCUUUACCGUGGUUGAAAAUAUGUGAUCAAUGAUAUUUAGUUGGAGAAAUGAAGCUAAACUUGUGGCUGCAACUAGGUGUGAGUUUGAUGUCUGGUAGCCGAUAUAAGAUGCGAGUGAUUGAGCCUUUGAUAGGGAAAGAUGGAAGGUAAUUGAAUAUGGUGUUAAUGGUGGAAUGAUGCAGUCAAGCUUGGAUACAUGAUAAUAACUAAAGAAGUCUUUUUCAUAUGUGAGAACUUGAGGCAGCCAUGCCAUGAUAUGUAUGAGGCAAAUUAUUUAGUAUAUGGUGGGUCCACGUGAGCUCUUCUUUCCCGUGCAAGGCAUGGUCACAAUGAUCAGCACUUCCUAUUUUCCUUUCUAAUCAAUUGAGCCUCCCCAGGGUUGGAAUUCAUUCUCUGUGCCCAAUGAACCCUCCGUGCAAGGCAUGGUCACAAUGAUCAGCACUUCCCAUUCCUUUCUAAUCAAUUGAGCCUCCCCAGGGUUGGAAUUCAUUCUCUGUGCCCAAUGAACCCUCUUUCUCCCCUAGAUAUCCCUUACCAGAAAGUGAUCAUGCCUUAAGUAAAUGACAAAGUCAUGGUGAUUCAGAAAAUCCUAGGGUGUCAGGUAUUGAGUAUGGUCAAGAAACAAACCGUUAUGGAAUGGGGUAUAUAGUUUUGAUACUUUGGAAGUUGGUGGGAUGGUUUUACAGAUGGUUUUAUAACUUAAAGAAGCGACAGAAGUGGCCCAACAACUCAUGGGAGUAGAAAUUAUUGCUUCUUAAGGGAAAAAUUGCAUCAAAUGCCCAUAAAAGACAUACAUAAUGAUGAAAAAUGAUGCAGCCACAAAAUUUACAUGCCCAUUGUUUUAUCUCAGCUUUUAUUAUGCAUCACAUGUAGUAGGCCCUAAAUUUGUGGUUUAGGACAAACCCCAGCUAUGUUCCAAGCAUUAUGGUCUUGGUUUUAGGUUUUGUUUUUGUAUAAGCAUUUUUGUUAAGCCUUCAGCUCUCUCUCUCUCUCCCUCUCUCUCCCCCGUCGCCCCCCUCUCCCACCCACCCCCACCUCAAUUUUCUUAUCUGGUUAGCUUUGUUGUGCUUCUUUAAAGCUUUGCUGUCCCUGCCCAGGACAUUUGUGGGCAUGAUUGUGUGUAUUGCAUGGGAGGAACUUAUUGCACUGGUUUUAGUCUGCCAAUGUGUACAAGGACUUGGGAAGACAUUGACCCAUCAUCCAACCGUAGCUAUGUUUUUGAAUGAUCAGGUAAUGGUGGGGUUUUGGUUGUCUCCUCUUGGUUACUUCUCUUGCUUUGAUUAUUGAAGGACCUUUCAAGAUCACAUGUUCCCAAAUAUUCAAAUUGCUUCAAGAAAUGAAUAGUUAGGCUCAUACUUGGAUGAGUGUUUAUCUACAGUGUUGAAUGAGACAUGAAAAGGAAGAAACAGGGAGAGAUCAAUGCAUAAACAUGUUUGAAAUCCUUAUCUUUCAUCACUUUGCUUUAUAUUUGAUUUACAAGCAUCAAAAGUUUAGAAAUAAAUAUAUUAAAAAAAAUGGUAAGUCAAGGUUUAGAUAAACCUAAAGAUGGUUAGAACAAGCAUAAGAUCAUGUAUGAUAAGUGGGAAUUGAUCAAUAGAGAUGCCUUUUCUUUUGUUGUUGUUUGUUUGUCAUUUGCCAUCAAGAUUGCUACACAUUAUUUUCUCAUAAAUGAUAUCUUACAUUUGUAUUUAUCAUAUCUUCUCCCUGCAGGAGCCAUUGGCUCCUUCAUCUGGGAGUCGGGUCACUUCUCUAACCUUAUUAUGGAGCUGCUAAAUAAAGCACUCAUCUUACUUUGGAUUCAGGUCAUCAAGCUAGUAAAGUCCUUGGCGACCUGUUUUGAAUCUCACCUUAACCAAGGUUUGGGAGGUUAGGGGUAUUGGGGGAGGCUCUACCCUCUGUAUAGCUCAUUGUCUAUGGGCCCAUCUAUCAGGAAAAAAGGGG